ACCUUGCUCUUUUCCCCCUUCCCUUUUCAUGAGUAGUAGUGACAGCACAUCUGCGCUCGGCAGCGCUUACCCGCCAUCGCAGCACACCAUUGAAGUGCUCUCGGCGGGGUCCAGGCUUGUGCGCUCGUGGCACGAUGCCAAGGCGCGUGUCAGGAGCUUUAUUGGCUCUCUGAGCAGCGACUAUGCAACGCCAAGGACCGUGACAAAGGAGUUUUCCAUCCUGACUGGCUACUUUUUCAUGGGCUGGUCAGAUGCCUCUGCUGGCGCGCUUCUGCCUGCAAUUCAGAGGCACUACCGCUUGAGCUACGUGGCGGUGUCGAUGCUGUUUGUCUGUAAUCUCGUGGGCUGGAUUCUCGCCGCCGUCGUCACCACCCCGCUCGUCGACCGCUUCGCGUUCGGACGAUGUGUGACCAUAUUCGCCCUCGUGGCUGUCGUCCCAUCGGCCAUCAUCGCUCCUGCCCCGCCCUUUGCCGUCAUGGCCGUCUCUUACGUCCUGUACGGCCUCAGCAUUGGAGCCCAAGAGGCCAUGAGCAAUGCCUGGGUGUCUGCAAGGCCGAGGGCCGAGGUCCGACUGAGCUGCUUGCACUUCCUCUACGGCUGCGGCGCUCUCUGCGCUCCACUCGCGGCCACGCCAUUCGUGGGUCGUGGCGUACGCUUCAGCUUCUUCUAUCUCAUCGCUCUCGGACUGGCCUCGCUCAACACAAUCUGGGUCACAUACAGCUUCAGAUUCAACAGGGAGGGCUAUCCCGUCGGCCAACCCGAGCCAGCCGACCAGGACCGGGGCCAGGCAGGAGAGAACGAUGCAAUGGAACGGACAUCGGAACACAGUCCGUCAGGGGCUAGGAACACGUUCAGAGCGCUGCUAUCGCAGCCAAGCACCUCUGUCCUUGCACUCUUCUGCCUUUUCUACGUUGGCACAGAAGUGGCCAUAGGCGGCUGGUCCAGCACCUUUAUCAUAGAGAUCCGCGGCGACGCACAUAGCAGCAGCUACCUCGUCUCGGGCUUCUGGGCCGGACUGGCCGCCGGCCGGAUCCUUUUACUACCCGUCAAUCGCCUCCUCGGUGCCCAUUUGGCCACAUUCGUCUAUUCCGCUAACGCCUUAGGCUGGUAUUUUUUGAACCGCUUCUCCUCUCUUACUGACUAAACAUUCUAAAGCUGGCUCUCGCCCUCGGACUUCAAUUUAUCCUCUGGUUUGUGCCUUCGCUCAUUGCAAACGGCGUCUCACUGGCUCUGAUGGGUCUCUUUCUUGGGCCCAUCUUUCCCAUCCUCAUCCGCGUCAUCACUAUCAAGAUUCGACCUCGUGGCCUACAUACGGCGGCCAUUGGACUGGUUGUGGCUCUGGGGAGCGCGGGCGCAGCUCUCUUCCCCCUCGUCGUGGGGCUCGUCGCUCAGGCGAAAGGCAUCCAGACGCUGCCACCCAUCCUCGUCGCCCUUCUCGCGACGCAGAUUCUCCUCUGGGCUGGCUUAGGCUGGCCCACGAAGUUCAGGGCCGAGGCGGAUCAGCGUGUUGAUUAGUGUGUAGCUGCUUCUCCUCCACCCCCAUGUCCCAGCGAACAAUCAAUGCAGGACAGCUUCCACUUUCUCCCCCACGCUGAGAGAAGGCCGGCCGGCUGGCUAAUUAUUUGAG